CCACUCACCUCGAUUGACGAAGAUAUAACUUUCCGGUGAAGAUUUCCGGCGAAGCUUUCUUGACGAUGCCUAGCGAAGCUUUCCAGCGAUUGACCCUGGUUGCGUGCGAAACGAAGAAGAUAGAUGGGGAUGGAGAUUGGAUGGACUCCGUACAUUAAAUACCUUCAAGUGGCCCUCUUUUUCUUCAGGCCUCUCCUUUUUAAAUUUUGCUCUCAUCCAGUUGUGGGUCCUAAACCCUUUCGGUUUCUUAAUGUCUGGUGCUCUCAUAAUUCUUUUAUGGACAUUGUUACCUCCUCCUGGGGACAAGGAUAUCAAGGAGAUGGUAUGAGAGGCUUGGCCUUUAAACUUGCUGAUCCUAAGAGAGCUCUCCUUCAAUGGAAUAAGGAUGUUUUUGGGAAUAUUUUUGAGGAGGUUUCGAAGGCAGAAGAGAGGGUGCUAAGGGCUGAGCAAAAUCUGGAAAAUGAUGAGAUUGUGGAGAAUGUUGUUGAAUGUAAUAUGGCUAGGGCUCUUCUGCAACUUGCUCAUAAGAAAGAGGAGUCCUUUUGGUCUCAGAAGGCUAAUAUUAAGUGGAUUUCUCAAGGGGAUGCCUCAACUGCAUUUUUCCACUCUUUUGUUAGGGGAAGAAGGCAUAGGCUCUGUAUUUCCUCUAUUAAGACUGCUGCGGGGACUUUGACUUCUUCUCAGGAGGAGAUUGCCAAGGAAGCUGUUGAUCAUUUUUCUAGGGUUUUCUCUCAUGUUCAUGAGGGGAUUCUGAGUGAUAGGCUUAAGAACAUUCUCCCAUUAUUGAUCUCCCCAGAGCACGCUGCUUUUCAACCAGGGAAGGGUAUAAAUGAGCAUGUGCGUAUGGUUAAGGAGAUGAUGCAUUUGCUGUCUUUUAAUGCUAGAGAGAGUUGUUCAUCUUCUUAUGGGAAAUCUGAGGCUGAUUGUAGGAAUCUGUUGAGGCUUAAAGCUGCUCUUUCCACCUUCAACUUAGCUUCUGGCCAGGAGAUAAACUUCAGCAAAAGCCAAGUUAUUGUGCAUGAUAAGAUGAGGGCAGGGAGCAUAAGCAAUGGCAGGUUUAUAUGGGUUGAUGGAGCAUAUUCUUUUGGAAAGGUUUUCUCUCAUUGGGAUCCAAGGAACAUUGGCAAGGUGAGCUUAUUUCUGUGGAGAGGAGUGAACAGGUUGCUGCCAUUUCCAUAUCAUCUGCAAAGACUACAGAUCCUGGUGGAUGCAGCAUGCCCUUUCUGUUUGGAGAGUGAGGUAACAGAUCAUCACAUUCUUGUUACCUGCAGGGAGUUUGCUGCAAUCUAGAAGAUUUAUGCUACUGCUGCUAGAGCUCCGGUUGCAACUGGUCCUUUAACAUUUUAGCAAGUUCUUCUUAGUUGGUGGUUCUCAUCAAAUAAGAGGAGUGUUCUUGG